AUGAGCCCUAUGAAAAGUAUGAAGAGAUUUGAUAAAAUUGAUAAACUGAGUCCAAGAUAUGUUGGCCCUUUUGAAAUAUCAGAGAGAGUUGGAAGUGUGUCCUACAGAUUGGUUUUGCCAUCUCAUAUGAGUGGAGUACAUAACAUCUCUUCUUUGAGGAAAUAUAUUGCAGAUGAAGCUCUGAAGAUCAGUACUGAAUCAAUAGAUAUCCAACAAUAUCUGACAUUUGUAGAAGAACCUGAGAAGAUCAUAGAUUAUGACAUUAAGCAGCUUCGAAGCAGAGAGAUUCCUUAUGUUAAAGUUCUUUGGAAGCAUGGAUCUGAAAAAGAUGCUACUUGGGAGAAGGAAUCAGAGAUGAGGGAGAGCUACCCUCACCUUUUUUACUAA